GGACACUUUACAUGGAAGAUAUCUUAGAUUUUUUAAAAUGCUCUUAGGGAGAAGUAUUUGUUUUGAUCUCUGCAGUAAAUUACACCCAGCUGAGCCAAUGCUGGUCCGAGCUAACUGGCGGUCUUCAGUGUACCCCUCUCUGUUCGCAGAUUGUGUCGACGCCUACCAGCAGCACCUGAAAGGGGAAACAAAUGGCCUCUUUAUAAUCAAACCCAGCAGCUCGGCCUCCACAGCCUCAGUGGAGGUGUAUUGCCAUCAGGAAGGAAUCAUGGGAGGGUGGUUGUUAGUCCAGCAGAGGGAGAGUGGCUCCGUCAGCUUCAACCGCACCUGGGCUGAGUACCGCAAUGGGUUCGGCUUGGUUGAUGCUAAAGGGAAGGGAGAGUUUUGGUUGGGCAACCAAAACCUCCACCUGUUGACCAAUCAGAAUGAGACAAUGCUUAAGGUGGAGCUGGAGGAUUGGGAGGGGGGCUUGGUUACUGCAGAAUACACAGUUAGGGUGGGUACAGAGGAGGAAGGAUACCCACUCCACGUUUCGGGGUAUAUUGGAGAUGCCGGGGAUGCUCUGGUGAUGCCUGAAAAGACACUGGACACAUCCCACAACAACAAGAAGUUCAGCACCUUUGAUAAGGACAACGAUGAGUGGCGAGGGAACUGUGCGGAGGAGUUUGGCGGUGGGUGGUGGUACCACAGCUGCCAGUCGGCUAACCUCAACGGGAUCUAUCACAAAGGCUCAUAUGACCCCAAAACAAGCACGCCUUAUCAGACUGAGAAUGGAGUUGUAUGGGGUACAUAUAAACCAAUGACGUACAGCCUGAAAACUGUCCGCAUGUUCAUCCGGCCUGCCACGUUUUAAAAGAAACAUAAAAAUAAAAACAUUUAGUGUUUAUACCUAGAAAUUCAUAAAAAACAUACAAACCAAAUGUGACUGUUGGUCCAGUUCUUAGGAAAUCAUUCCAAGAUUUCCAAACCGUUGUGUGUGUUUGCUGACUGAUAUGUUUUUAGACCCACUGUGUAAACUCCCCGAUCCAUUUGUUAGCAUUAGCAGUGUAACAUUCAACUUGUGGCCUGACGUUCUUCGGCUCUGUGCAGACCAGUGACUGAACUCUAACCAA